GUUUCUCCACCAUCUAGACGAGUCGAGAUCGUGUUUGUCGCGCCUUCGUCCACGGUGUUCCGAGCGGACAUCACUCGCAGAGAUUCAUGUAUCCAGCACACGUCCGACGGAAAUAACAGCACCUGCGAUCACGUUCAUCUUCGCCACUGCGCCGAUGCGAUGCAUCGGGCGCAUGGCCGUCAUGGAUCAUGAUCUGCUGGGGCUUUGCAAGCGCGGCAUCUCUUGUCUGCACAGGUCUCGGAUGUUUCGCGUACGAGAUCCAAGUCAAAGCCCCAUCGAGCACUUAUUUUUGGCGAACUCACCAAUGUCAUGGGUGAGUCAAAGUCGCUAUGUGACGUUCAUAGAUAUAUAGAUAUGUAUACAUUCGCGAUCUCCAAGGCAAUCGAGACCACCACGUACAUAUAUAUCGCGUCCAGUAGAGAGGCGGUCGAGAAUCCCACCCGCCGUCGGGGCACGGAGGAGUGUGUUAAUACUGAUGGAAAUCGACGUCCGGCGGCGGCCUAGGCUGUCUACGGCAGCAGCUAGCGAUGUCCCCGAUACCCACUCGAAUCACUGCGCGAACCGAGCAAGCAGGCAGCGUGAUCUCUCCUUCCCGAGCCUCCGUGCGCACCGCCGGUUCUCGUGGGCACGGACAAGCAGGCUUGCAGCCAGGAAUAGUCGGGCGAUAAGACGGAGAGGUGGGAAAAGGGCAGACGCGGGGAUGAACCAGCGAGGGCUGAGCUUGGGAAAGGCGACAGGCAGAGAUGGAUUCGCGGCGAGCGGCGAACUCUGGUGCCGUCAUCGUUGGUCACAACGAAGUCUGUCCCAUUGAUCGGGGACAGCAUAACCUUAAACGGGCAACUCGCUGACUGAGGAAAUGCAGACGGCGGCGAAUGAGGGCACAAGGAACAGCCCUCCCGUCACCCACCAACGCAGAUCGACCCGGAGAGGAGGUCCGCUGUGAUUCCCAUCAAAUCUGGCCAGUGGCAUUGCAUCCACCCCACGUCCAUCUACGUACUUGACUUCUUAGCUGUUCUCUUCCAUGUAUAUCUUCCCUUUCUCCUCUUCCCCUUUCCCUUCUCACCCCUGCCUGUUCGCAUGUCGUCGCGCCUCUGCUCAGUCCCGCCCGAAAUCCUCGAGCACAUUGCCUACCAGCUCGCGUGCAGCACAUUUCUUGGCCCCCCUGCCUCUCUCAUUCCGCUCCUUUUGACAUGCAAGACGGUGCACAAACGUCUAUCCCAAAAUUCCGUCCUUUUCGCCAGGAUCUUCCGCUUCAAAUUCGACUCGGCCGCCGUCCGCCGUCGCGCGUUCAUCCCCAAUCCGAAACAGUGCCACGACCAGCUCGUCCUGUACUGCUCGCAGCUGCAAAAGCUGCGGUGCCAGCCCCGGGAAGACGAGUGGGACGACGUGCUGUUCUUUACGUAUCUCAUGAUGCUUGAGAACGAUGGACGGAACGCGGCUCAGCUGCAGCAUGCCGGCCUGGACUCGUACCUGGACAUUUUUGUCCGGUCCCGGAUGUGGAACGACAGGGGUGGUGCACAUGGUUGGCCGACGGAGAAUGUCGCGAGCGCGUGUGCUUUAUGGCUGGUCUGGAUGACCACGACUAGAGAAAAGCUGCAGAGCGAGUCCCCCAGCCGGCGGCUCCAGAUCAUUAGGCUCGUCCUUCCUUACGUGCUCGUGCCGUUCCGUUACGCCUCGACCUUGGCCCCCCAGCACCACUUCGACCUACCGCUACGCACGAACCCGAGGAAUAGGCUGCACUCGAUCGUCACUGCGCAUGGGCCGUACCCAAAGUACCUCGACCCGAAUCGCAUGUGGUCGCAGGUGCACUUCUCCUCCCGGCCGUCGAUGAUUCCUCCCCUCGCUACCGUCGCGGCCAAGCUCAUCUACUUCUCGCGACGCGAGGUCGUUCCGUUCGGGAUUCCCCCGCAUCUCCCGUUGACGCGCGCGCAUGCUAUCGCGGCGGGAAACACCAAUAUUGGUCCCAAUCAGGACGAUAUCCGAGAGUUCAAUGACCACCUCAACGAGCGCAUGCCCGCGCAGGACUCGACGCUGUGGGACAGCGACUGGUGGCGGCUGCGUCGGUGCCUAAGCGCCUGGCAAGCUCCGGAUGGCCAGUACGGCGAGGGAUAUGUCCCCGGCACGCUGACGGGGCUUUGGCAAGGUCGGAUGGUGGUCCCCGGCGAAGAUCACCUCGCGGGUCUGAUCACGACAGUCGAGUAUCCCCUCGGCUUUGACGAGACCGCGGUAGGAACCACCACGGUUCCGCUCUACAUGCGUAUAGCGGAGCACCACUCGUACGCGCCCCACUCCCCGGCACCGCUCGGCCACUCUGAAAAUGAUGAGGCGAGGGACGACGGGAUGAGAAAUGCGUUUUUCCCGCAGGACACGCGGUUUAUUUCGGAGGCGGGGGGCGUCACUGUUCGCGUGGACGACGACAGUUACUGGUAUGCUGACGCGAGUGACCCGCAGGCUCAUGAGGCGGACACCUGUGUCGGCUGCCAGGAGCGCGAGCGCCGUCUCAAAAUGCACCGGGAGCGGGCCUCGACCGAAGCUUACCACGAGCUACUUGCCAGAAUCAGUCCGAACGCUGUUCACAAGCAGCCGCCGUCACCGUCCCACUCCGAGAGCAGCAGCCAGAAGGUGGACCCCCCUGACCACGAUCCCGAUCGAGUGAAGCCAUGCACUGGCAUUCAGGACAUCAUCUUCACGGGUGCUACCGACAUGCGGCACGGCGAAGCGUGGAACCCAUUCAAGUUCCAUGGCCGGCUGCGUCCUUGGGAUGGAAUGAUUGGGAUCCUGCGGACUUCGCCUGAUCCGCGGAUGGGCACGUUGUUCUUCUACGGAUAUCUCGUCGGCAGGCACAAGUUUGUCGGCAACUGGAGGUCGGCUAUGCAGGACCCAGACGCGCCGGCGUACGAGGGGGCGUUUAUCAUGACCCGACGCGAAGACGAGUGAGAAAUCAAAAUGUGACAUACUCAACGUGUAUUGUACUGUAUUGAGAGUAGUUUGGUGCGCGCCUCCAUGAAUUUACAGGUUGGUUCGUGUUUG